AUGGGGCCAUGGUUUCUCGUUCUUGCUAUUACGCUAGCAGGGGGUUUCGCUCAACAGCUCAAAGAAUUAAGACUCAUAAUCGUAGGAAAGACCGGAGCGGGAAAGAGCGCUUCGGGGAACACUAUCCUGGCUUUAAAAGAAGGCAUGUCUCCGGCGUCCGUGACUCGCGGAUGCCGCAGAGAAGAGGUUAAAGACGAGGGCUGGAACAUCGCCGUUAUCGACUCUCCGGGACUGUUCGACACGAAUAAGACGCGAGCCGAGGUGAAGGAAAAUAUCCGGGACUGCGUUACGCGCUCGGUUCCCGGGCCGCACGCUUUUUUAUUGGCCAUCAGUCUAAAGUCGAGAUUCACAGAGGAGGAGAAGGCGACCGUCAGUUGGAUCGAGGACAAUUUCGGACCCGACGCUUCCAUGUACAGCCUCGUCCUGUUCACGCACGCCGACUUACUGGAGGGCAAAUCCGUGGACGACUUUCUGAACGAUAGCAAGGAUCUGAAAAGACUGGUAAACCAGUGCGGAGGAAGGUAUCACGCGUUCGGCAAUUCCCGGCCACCGCGGGAUGGAGAACAGGUCAAGGGACUUUUACGGAAGAUCGAGACAAUGCUGAGGUUUAACGGAGGGAGUCACUACACAAACGAGAUGUACGAGAGAGCCCAGGUACAGCUACAGGAGGAGCGAAUGAAAACGGCGAAGGAGGAAGAGCGAAGACGAAGAGAAAGCGAAGAAAGAAUCAGAGAGGAGGAAAGAAAAAUAGCUCGGUGCAAACAAAUCGCUCUCGUAGCCACCGCGGUGUUUGGAGCGGGAGCGUACUAUUCCUCUUAUGUUAUUAUGACAGCAGCGGGAGUGCUCGGGUUCACCCAAGGCUUCGACUGUACUAUGAUUUUGUAG